CUCUCUCUCUCUCUCUUUCUCUCUCUCUGCAUCCCCCAGCUAUCCCUCUAACUACGCCGUCACUUUUGCCGGCGGAGGAACGCCCUAUCGCUGCUGCUGCUGCUGUGCUGCGCAGCGGCAUCACAGAUGCUGUGCAGCGGACCGGACCCAGUAGGCUACCGUCGGCACGGAGGAGGGGAAACGGAAUCUGCGCUUCAUGCAAAGGAGGACAACAACAUCCAGGAUAUCGGCACUAAAGAACCACUCCCCCCCCACACUGCCAACCUUCUCCUAAAACGCCAGGUUGGUGAUGGCAGACAAAAUGUUGGAACCCGAGUGUGAAGGUGUCUCCGUGGAGGAUAUGGUCAUCUGCAACGGUGCAGUUCAGCCCCUCCUGGUCCCACCGCUGCAGGCUCCUCUCCAGGCCCAGGCCCUGGCCCCGGCCCCGGCCCCGGCCCAGGGUCAGCAGCCGGACCCGUCCAUGCUGACCAACCUGAAGAAGGUGGAGAACAACAUCACCGAGGCUCAGCGCUUCUCCCACCUGCCCAAGAGAACAGCCGUGGACCUGGAGUUCACCGACCUCUCCUACAUCAUCCAGGAGGGGCCCUGCUGGAGGAAGAGAGGUUUCAAAGCCUUACUAAAGUGCCUGUCUGGGAGGUUCUGCAGCCGGGAACUGAUAGGAAUCAUGGGGCCCUCUGGGGCCGGCAAAUCCACCCUAAUGAACAUCCUGGCUGGAUACAGGGAGACGGGGAUGAAGGGUCAGAUCCUGGUCAACGGGAAGCCCCGGGACCUGAGGACCUUCCGCAAGAUGUCGUGCUACAUCAUGCAAGACGACAUGCUACUGCCACACCUCACCGUGCAGGAGGCCAUGAUGGUUUCUGCCAAUUUGAAGCUGAAUGAAUCCAUGGAGGUGAAGAAAGAGCUUGUGAACGAGAUCCUGACGGCCCUGGGGCUUCAUGAGUGUGCCCACACGCGCACCAGCUGUCUGUCUGGGGGCCAGUGCAAGCGACUCGCCAUCGCCCAGGAGCUGGUCAACAACCCCCCCGUCAUGUUCUUUGAUGAGCCCACCAGUGGCUUGGACAGCUCCUCAUGCUACCAGGUCGUCUCUUUGAUGCACUCUCUGGCUCUUGGCGGGAGGACUAUCAUCUGCACCAUCCACCAGCCCAGUGCCAAGCUCUUCGAGAUGUUUGACAAGCUGUACAUCCUGAGCCAGGGUCAGUGUAUCUACAAAGGAACCGUCUCUUACCUCAUCCCUUAUCUCAAGAACGUGGGCCUGCGCUGCCCCACCUACCACAACCCUGCAGACUUCAUAAUUGAAGUGGCGUCGGGGGAGUACGGAGAUCUGAACCCUGUGCUGUUUGAGGCUGUGAGGGACGGCAUGUGUGCCGAGGAGAAAAGGAACCAGUGUGAAAGGAGGUGUCCGUCCGUCUGCACGACAAAGUGCGCCAAGGACUCGGGGCAUAUUGAAAGCCAUACUUUUGCCACUAGCACCCUGACGCAGUUCUGCAUCCUGUUCAAGAGGACUUUCAUAACUAUAUGUCGCGAUCAGGUCCUGACCCAUCUCAGACUGACGUCCCACGUCGCCAUAGGGGUGCUGAUAGGCCUGCUCUACCUGAACAUUGGCAACGAUGCCAGCAAGGUCUUCAACAACACUGGAUUCCUCUUCUUCUCCAUGCUGUUCAUCAUGUUUGGAGCGCUCAUGCCCACUGUGUUAACCUUUCCCUUGGAGAUGUCUGUGUUCCUCCGGGAACAUCUGAACUACUGGUACAGCCUGAAGGCCUACUACCUAGCCAAGACUAUGGCUGACAUUCCAUUCCAGGUGAUCUGCCCCAUCAUGUACUGCAGCAUAGUGUAUUGGAUGACAGAACAGCCACCCGAGGCUAGCAGAUACCUCCUCUUCUUAGCCCUUUCUACCUGCACUGCCCUGGUGGCCCAGUCUCUUGGGCUUCUGGUCGGCGCUGCCUCCACCUCCCUUCAGGUGGCCACCUUCGUGGGCCCUGUCACAGCGAUCCCUGUGCUGCUCUUCUCUGGGUUUUUUGUCAACUUUGACACCAUUCCUACCUACCUUCAGUGGAGCUCCUACAUCUCCUACGUCAGGUAUGGCUUUGAAGGGGUGAUCCUGUCCAUAUACGGGCUGAAUCGCACCGAGUUGGAGUGCCCGGUGCCCGUGUGCAAGUUCCAGCGGCCCGAAGAGGUUCUCCAACUGCUGGACGUCGAGGACGCCAAACUCUACAUGGACUUUGUCGCCUUGGGGAUUUUCUUUCUCGUCUUCCGACUGGCCACCUACCUCGUCCUCCGCUACAAGGUCAAGUCGGAGCGGUAGGUUCCGACUCGGCUCUGGUCUCUCUAAGGAAAACCCUAGACCUCCUGGCUCUGGUCUGUCUCACUGCAGCUGUCCCCCAGCGCUUACCCGGCCCAGCAGAAUCUGUUUCUUCAGCUGGACCACUUUCAUAAUACUGCACUCUUGCUGCUAUAUACAGCACAACAUAAAGAACCCUGAUCCGCUGCACAGUCCAUCUCUGGGCGGUAGGCUAUCCAUGUUUUUUUUCGUGGCCAAUAACAUACAGGAGUCCACCUGGAACAAUGCAUGGCAGGUUUUACCUCACAACUCUGGACUUCAAGAGGAAAACACCAAUGUGUUACGAAAGCAGACCGGUUUUACUGUAAACAAGAAAGCAUAUUCCACACCCACUAUAGUGACCUUUCCUUAUGUUUUCACGUUUCUUUCGUUCCUGGGGGCAAUGUGAAUGCUGUGCUGUUCCGUACUUUUCCUAAUGUCGCCCUGCAUCUCUGGCACCGUCCACAUCGGAUAACGCCAGAUUUUAUGGCAUACUUACCUAUUUAUAUAAAUAAGGCUUGGAGAGAACCAAAUACAGAUAAGAAAGAGUUUACAUUUUCUGAAGCAAGCCAAAAAAAGGAUUUUAACCACAUACUGUUGCACUGGAGAAACAGAGAGAACGGGAGAGCAUACAAAAGAGAGUGAGAGAGUUAGAAAUGUACAUGUAGACUGAAGUUAUUUGUGAAAUUAAAUUAGUUUAUUCAUGGGUCCAUGAUAAGGCCUAAUACUCUAGCUGCUUUUUUGAGUGAUUUCUCAUUUUCCCCCUUUUUGUUUUAGGCUACUACUGAGCUUGAGAAAAGAAAAAUCAGAUUUAGUCUUUACUCAUUGUUUAUUAAUACAAUCUUCUUAAUUGUUUUAACUUUUGUAUAUCUCUAAGGGAGAUAUUUUUUCUCAACAGGUAAUACUAUCUGGAGAAUAUGUAUUUUUCUACUUCUGUGAUUGACUUUUUAAUUGUAAUUAUACAAUCGUACCUAAAAUAAAUACAUUCAAUCUUAAUUUCAUACAACAUUUGAUUCUAUAAUCAUAAUUUCCUAUAGGCCUUAAUUCAGUAUUAUUUCAACCAAAAUUGUCUUAUUUGUGUCCAAGCAAUGCCAAAAAAAACCCCAUGUAAUUAUGUUUAUAUACCAUUAUAACAGAACAAUACAAUAUGUUAAAAUCCCCCUAUUUAAACGGCCUUAGGCCAUAUGGGGGAACCCAAAAAAAAAAACGAUGGACGUUUAACGGGGAUAUUUCACAUUGUUAUAUCUCACAUUAUUGACACGGCUGUGAUUUUCUCUUUGUUUAUUAACUGUUAAAGCUUUUUUCCCCCGUUCUGUAGCACGUUAUGUCUCCUCGUUGUGCAGCAAUUAUCUGACCCUAAUAAAAUAAUCACAAUUUU